GGACCAGCGAGAACAAAAGGAAACGAAAGAGGAGUCGCUGGGAUCAACCAGGCUCAACAACAGCUAAAGAAACACUUAAUAUACCCCUUGAUUCUUUUUCAAAUUUUGACUCUAAUAAUAAUGUUGGAGAAGUUGAAAUUUCCCAGUUAGUAGCCAGCACAAACCAAUCUACAACACCAACUUUAGCGGCGAAUACACUAUCCAUCUCACAACAAAUAUACACCACUUCAGACAAACGAAAAUUCGUAAAAUAUUCAGAUACAUACAAACCAGGAAUGGUUCGUGUCGGAUCCAAAUGGGUUUAUCCAGAAGAUGAAAUUACAGACGGUGGUACUUGGGAACAUAAAAAACGAGCGGAAGAAAUGAAAAAGACGGCGGGUGAGUUUGCACCUCGCCCAAUAAAACGAGCAGCUUUGCUAACUGCUCAAGCUGAAGCAAAACGUGCCCACCAUAUUGCAGAUUUUUUACCCAAAGAUGAGCUUGAAAAAUUCGAGCAAAAAGUUAAAGCCGUCAAAACCGGAGGAACACCCCCAGAGUUUGAGGAUUAUGCAACUAACAAGCUGGAUCAGUCGAACAUUGGAUUCAAGAUGCUAAUGAAACAAGGUUGGCAAGCUGGAUCAGGACUAGGAAAAACAGGUGAAGGGAUUGCCGCACCUAUCAAUAAAGCUGAUACACGCCCAGCAAAUGCUGGUUUGGGACAAACAAAACCUGAGGGAGUUGAUGAAGAAGAUGAUGAAUUUGAGAUUUACCGCAAAAGGAUGAUGCUUGCUUACAGGUUUAGACCAAAUCCUCUG